UAGUAGCAUUUUCUGACACUAUGUGUAUUAGAAAUUGUACUGUGUGCGUUGAGCAAACAUGUCAGAGAUAAUAAUACCGUCGCUGAAAUAACCUACAGCCAUGCCAGGCCGUACGACUUGAACGGGUCCGCACUGUUUCUUCUAAAAUAGUAUAUAAGUAUCUUUUGUGAUCAUCUCGGCACCCAUCUUCUUGAACAUCUAACAAUCUUGACUUACAAGAAGCAGAACAAUAAUUGAAACCUCCACCUCAUCUUGUUCGAUACAACAACUUCAUACUUUACCAGGCCUUCAUAUACUUUUAAAGUAUCAUCUUCACUUCGACUCACCUUCUACUUAAAGUUUUCCUUCAAGAAUCAUAAUGGACUCACCCAACCCAAUUAAGUUGGAGCCAGAGGAGGUGAAACAAGAGGAGACGGAACCGGCAACCAAGAAAGUCAUGAGUAAUGGGUACUGGAUAGACAAAAUUGGUACCAGAGUUGUGCGCCUUGAAGUCGGCACAGGCUUCGAUAGAGCAGUCUUCAAUAUCCACAAGACUAUUCUUUGCGAGAAAAUCGCAUUCUUCGAUAAAUUGUUCAACGGCAACUUUUUGGAGAGCAUAACUCACAGUGCAAAGAUGCCAGAGGAUAAUAUCGAAGCCUUCAAGCUUAUGCUUGGCUGGGUAUAUCGUGGAGUCAUUGAGCCAGGAGUUAAUCUUACCUUUGACGACGAUAAAACCACCAAGACACCACUCUUGGAGCUGCUCAUACUCGCAGAGAAGUAUGACAUCACCCCACUUGUUGAUGCCACGAUGGACUACCUGAUCAAUGUCCUCCGAGAGAAGAGAAUGGUUGUUGGCCAGUCCCUGUGGGUGUACGUAUAUGAGAACACACGCCAAACGUCGAAGCUUCGAUUAUUCUUCACAAGAAUAGCCAUCUACGCGAUGCGCUUCAAGGAUGGAGAAUUUGCGGGCGAUCCUAAAUUCUGGACGGUAACGGAGAUACACUCCAUUCUGUCAAAGAAUUCAGAGAUCCUCAUGGAUUAUCUGACUUUAACCCAAGGGGUCAAGCUACAACAGAAUCCACUACUAGUACCACCGUGUGAUUACCAUCGACACGGAGCGGACGAGAAAUGCCCGUACGAGCCAGAGCCGGCUACCAACAAUACAACUGAAGAUUGGACGAAGCCAAGCGAUAUGGAUGGCUGAUGAUACGCAUUUGAAUCCAGGUACAUACAUAUACUGUACUCCAAGCAAUUUGAGAUUGCA